AGCUUCCUUCCUCUUUUUACUUAUAAAUAAGAAAACAAGUUGUAUAUUGUUUCAUCUACACACUUUCAAUAUUAUCGUUUUUGCACAAUUAACACGUUUCAUUAUCCGUACGCAAAUUCCAACUUAAAUGAAAGACACGUGUCGCUCUCUUGAAAGACAAAUUAUUUAUAUCGUUAAUUAUUUUUCGUCGUCUCUUUUCAUUUUUUUCUAUUUUGCGUACGUACCCAAAAAUUCCUCUUUCUGUCCCCCAACGCCUCAUCAAUUGUUCUUGAUAUUUUGACAAUGUACCCUGUCGAAUGAAAAUGAAUCUUCCUAUUUGAAUCAUGUUUGACCGGCGUCCUUUGUUGUAGUUGUGUUUCCUUUUAUCCCUCACUCAAGGACGGGCCCGAAGAAUCCAUAUAACGCCCACGUUUUAUGUGCUGCGGGGGUGGCGGGGCGGAUGCAGGUAGAAGGACGAAAAUAUGCCCACUGCGUGGUCCGGUGUGGCUGGGAUUUAAAAACGGACUCAGCAAAUCACGUCGCAGAUAGCAUCCGACCGGUGAACGGCACGAAUGGAGUAUAGCGCCUACCUAAGGACAACGCUCCGGGCGAACGUUAAGUGAAUGCUCAGUUUAAAUGCGGCGGCCGAGUAACACGUGUCGCCUGACCGUACUCCGAUGGUUCUCAUCACUCGACGCAACAAUUCCCGGCGCGAUCUAAUUCUGAGAUAAUCGGGACGACACUAACGUAUCAGCCAUGAAGCCAAUCCUGUACAAAGUCGAAACGUACAUCAUGCCCGAAACGGAGAACUUAUCGGUGAUUAAUGAGAUCGAUAAUCUGACAGCCGGGAAGUUUAGUCUCAGCAGCGAAAGCGUGUUCAGAAAUAACGCGCAAACCGAGGAAGAUGCGUCGCACGCUUCGUACAAUAAAUGCGACGAAUUCGCCAUGUUCUCUGCCGAGAACAGCAAGCUGAUAGGUAUAAAAAUCGUGAAAAGCGUAACGAACGAGACUCUCAACGACGAAAAUUGCGAUGAGGAAGUCUUAAAACAUUAUACCAAUGACAAUUUUUGUCGUUCCAAGGAGCGCCUGAGCGUACAAAAACCGGAGUUUCAGGCGUCGAUUGGGCCGCAGGAGGCGUUGUACCCCGCGAGACAAUUCAGCCGAGUCAACAGUUUGACGUCGAUUGACGAGAAAAGCGAGAGCUCGUUGGACAAGCUGGCCGACCUGUGUCAUCACGGCUUCAAGAACGGCUGCACCGCGUCGAUCCCGUCGCCCGAGGAAGUCAGCGAGGAGGUCUUCAGGAAGAAUUGGCUGCAGAAAAUCGAGGUCCUGAGACAUCGCGAAGCCAUCCUGCGAGAGAAGGAGAUAAAUCUGCAAAAGAGAGAAAGGGAGUUGUUCAGGAGGGAGAAGGAGCUGAGAAUCACGGAGAGAAUCUUCAAUGAUAAAGUCAGACAGAUAGAGCAGCAUUUAAGAGACCAAGAGGACAAGAUAGUGGGAAAGAGGCUGGAGGCAGCAGCGCGAAUUUUGUACGAGGUUGAGAAAUCCGACUAUCUAUCGGAAGAACAAAUUCCGAGGAAAGAAGAUACUUCAAAAGAGGAAGAGAUCGCGAAGAAGAAAGAGCUUCCGAAAAAAGUAGAGAUUCCGAAAAAGGUAGAAAUUCCAAAAAAUUGUCAACCUGUCGUGACGAAGAAAGAAGAUGUUUCGAAGAGGGAAGAGGUUCCAAGGAGAGAAGAGGACCCGAGAAAAGUAGAGAUUCCGAAAAAGGCUGAGAUUCCAAACAAUCCUCACCUUCUCGCGCCUACCGCACACAUCACCAAUCCAUGUGAGAGGAAGGAAGAAUAUAAUAGAAGUAAAACAACGUAUCCGAUCCGUUCAGGCGCAUCGUCGAGGAAAUCUUCGAGGAGUCACUCAUAUGCUAGCAUAAAGUACAAAGAGCGACCUAUGAUAAAUCGUGACGACAUGAACUCGACGUUGUCAGCCGCUAGCGUGGACUCGCAGGACGUGCGAACGUCGGUGUGGUUUAAUCCGGCGCUUUACAAAAAGCCGCACGCAUUCACGAGAUCGGCGAGCGAGCGAAGGACCAGGCACAAGGAUACCGCGGGGAAGCUGCAGCAAGUAGUCGAGAUGCCUGAGCACCUGAUCGAAGAGGACAAAAUCUUCCGUAAAGUCAGCGAUAAUAUAUGCGCCUUGCAGAAGAAGGAGACGAGAUUCCAGAAUUACGGGCUCGUGGAUUGCGUUCCGGCCGGAAGUUCGACAGAAUGUAACUCUCAAGAGAAGCUGUCCUCGUAUCUCGACAUAGAAAUUGGCGAGAAAAGUAGCCAUCGUCAAAGUUUGGCCAGCGUUUACAAGGAGAGGCCGGUGUCCUGGGCCAGCGAGAUGAACGAAUUGCAGCAAAACAAACGUCUGGUGUACGAUAUAGCGACCAAGCAGUUUACUGAGAACAAGGAGAACGCCGUGUGCAAUACGCACUCCACCGUGGAGACUUUGGCGAAGCCUAAAAAGUCGAAAAAAUUCUUCCUAUUUCGUUAGAGCAUUUAUGAUACUAUUGAUAAAUACGGUAGCGUCUAGAACAGACAUGGCCGAUCUACGAUCCGCGACAGUCUUAAAAAUAAAAAAUUAAGGAUGGAAAAGACCCUAAAGCUAGCUUUAAUUUAACAUUAAAACCAGUUUUAGUAUUUCUUCUUAGAAUAAGGAACAAAUUUUAAUAUUUUUAAGACUGUUUCGGGCCCGCGAAGAGCUUGAAAAUUUAGAAUGCGACUCGAAAGAGGUUGGCCAUGCCUGGUCUAGAGCGAGUCUGUUGGGUGAUAACACGAGGACUGGUUCUACGCUUAUCGUUUCCGAGUUUGACAAGAAUCUUCGGACGAUGCGACGAUCUCAAUUUAGUAUAAUGUAAAUUUAAUGUGAGUUGUAAGUUUGUAUAUACAUUGAUUUCAUUAUGUUAACAGGGUAAUUCUGUAUGUACUGCCUAAUCAUUGUGAAGUCCUCGCAGUGAUCAUGAAGCUACAGAUACAUGUCGCAAUUAUAUUUAUGUAUUAAUU